CCCGCUCUCCAGGUGCCUUAGUUCCCGAAGCCGCUGCCCUCUUGCUGCUAGACCGCCGACGGCGUCCAAGAGUUUAGCAACCUCUGCCCAGCCACGUUGGCGCUCCGCGUGUUGUGCCUCUCACUCGCAGUUUUUCCGAGCAGAAGCCCCUCCAGCGUUUUCUUACCCUUUUUACUGCCCGCGCGCUCGGCUUCUCUCCCCCAGACUAUGCUCGGUCGGGAGCGGAACGGUGGCAUUGCUCCUGCCCCAAGCCUGGCUGUCCUGAGGGCGGGGCUUGGGGAAUCCGAGGAGCCAUCCUUAGAACCCUCGAGUAGGCGCCAUCCGGACAGCGCGUGGGUGCGCUGGCGAGAGAACCAGCUAAUUAGACAAAACUUAGCUGUAGCAGUAGCUUGGGUACCUAGAUGUUGAACUGAAUCUCUCAGGGGACACUCACGCUGCGCCCUCUCUUCUGCCCUGGCUCCUUCUCUGCUGACCUUAGAAGGCACACAUUAGCAGAAUUCCUCACAGGGAACUGUUUAUAGAGCAGUAUCCCCACUGAGUGGCUACCUCCUUGCCUGGGGGGUCGCUGUGAAAGGAGCCUCCGCGGAAACAGCUGUUCCCAUGCCUCUUCACACGCCUGCAACUGGACUCCAGGCUCGGCGCUGGGAUGCUUGAUUUUAUCUUGUUCAAGUUUCUCAGCACAGAUGUUGACAACUGGAUUUGGAGGCCAAGCAAGAGUCAAGUUCAAAGUGGUACUCCGGGGCUCUCCAGUCCAGACUCCAAUUCCAACUGAGUCUAGAAGAGAUGGGUCUCCUCACUAGCUGAUCUUGCUUCUGGAACUCAACUUGACAGAGCUAAUUUGACUGCUACUUGGACUGCAGUGGCUACAGGGUUCUUUGGGGGAUGGCUCGGGGGAUGCUCUGAACACUAGAGCGCAGCACUCAGAAUCUUCACAAUGGAUAGAGUUUAUGAAAUUCCUGACGAGCCAAACGUGGAUCCGGUUUCAUCUGUGGAGGAAGAUGUCAUCCGAGGGGCCAACCCCCGCUUUACCUUUCCAUUUGGUAUCCUAUUUUCCACCUUUUUGUACUGUGGGGAGGCUGCAUCUGCCCUGUAUAUGGUUAGAGUCUAUCGAAAGAAUAAUGAAACAUUCUGGAUGACAUAUACAUUUUCUUUCUUUAUGUUUUCAUCUAUUAUGGUGCAGUUGACCCUCAUUUUUGUCCACAGAGAUCUGGCCAAAGAUAAGCCGCUAUCAUUAUUUAUGCAUCUAAUCCUUUUGGGACCUGUUAUCAGAUGUUUGGAAGCCAUGAUAAAGUACCUCACACUGUGGAAGAAAGAAGGGCAGGAGGAGCCCUAUGUCAGCCUCACCCGCAAGAAAAUGCUAAUAGAUGGCGAGGAAGUGCUGAUAGAAUGGGAGGUGGGCCACUCCAUCCGGACCCUGGCUAUGCAUCGAAAUGCCUACAAACGUGUAUCACAGAUCCAAGCCUUCCUGGGCUCAGUGCCCCAGCUGACCUAUCAGCUAUAUGUGUCUUUGAUCUCUGCAGAAGUCCCCCUGAGUAGAGGUGUGCUAAUGAUCUUUUCCUUGAUAUCUGUCACAUAUGGCGCUACCCUCUGCAAUAUGUUGGCUAUCCAGAUCAAGUAUGAUGACUACAAGAUUCGCCUUGGUCCGCUAGAAGUCCUCUGCAUCACCAUCUGGAGGACAUUGGAGAUUACUUCUCGCCUUAUGAUUCUGGUGCUCUUCUCAGCCACCUUGAAGUUGAAAGCUGUGCCCUUCUUGGUACUCAACUUCUUGAUCAUCUUCUUUGAGCCCUGGGUUAACUUCUGGAGAAGUGGUGCCCAGAUGCCCAAUAAUAUUGAGAAAAACAUCAGCCGGGUUGGCACUUUGGUGGUGCUAAUCUCAGUCACCAUCCUCUAUGCUGGCAUCAACUUCUCUUGCUGGUCAGCAUUGCAGUUGAGGUUGGCAGACAGAGACCUUGUUGACAAAGGUCAGAACUGGGGACAUAUGGGCCUACACUACAGUGUGAGGUUGGUAGAAAAUGUGAUAAUGGUCUUGGUUUUCAAGUUCUUUGGAGUUAAAGUAUUACUGAAUUACUGUCAUUCCCUCAUUGCCUUGCAACUCAUUAUUGCAUAUCUGAUUUCCAUUGUCUUCAUGCUCCUUUUCUUCCAGUAUUUGCAUCCAUUGCGCUCACUUUUUACUCGUAAUGUAGUGGACUACCUGCACUGUGUCUGCUGCCACCAGCACCGUCAGAGAAGGGCUGGGAACUCAGAGCCACCCUUUGAAGCCGAAACAAGACAAAGCAUUGUCUGAUUCUGUCUUUUGGGUAUCAUGGGAUGGGUUGCGGGUUGCCAAGAGGAGCUAUGAAAUUGAAGGCGAGGAUGAGACUCAUGGGUGAAAAAUCAGCGUAACAUUUUCUUGCCAGCCUAUCAGAAGAAACAGUGACCCCCAAAUAAGGUUUUAUUUCUUUAAGAUUUGUUGCUAGUCAGGCCUAGUGUUGCACACCUCUUAUCCUAGCUACUCGGAGAGGCUGAGGCAAGAGGAUCACAAGGUUGAGACCAGACUGGGCAAUGUAAUGAAACAAUAAAUA